ACAUGCAGGGCAGAGCCUGGCUGGAGGAGGAAUCUGUGGUGGCAGGGGGAAAAAUACAGCCCCAAGCAGCCCCACACUGAGUGUGAAGAUAUCAGUGCCCCUCAGCUCCCCAGUGGCAAAUCCCUGCAUCACCCUGGCACCUCCUUCCCACCAGCCUCAACCUUGCCAAAGUCUGCGGUGCCCUGGGAAAGGAUGGGUCCCUAAUCCCAGGCCAAGCAGGGACAUUGUCCGGGGGCAGAAAGGAAAGCAUCGCAUCAGGCGCUUUGCCCAUUGUGCCCUGAGCCCUGCACAAACACAGCCCAGCACUUUCAUUGUCACCCUGCUGCAGGCGGGGGGGUCGCUCUCGCCACACUGCCUAAGUGGAAUGGACAGCCAGAGCCUGGGGUGGUUGCGCACCCCGUCCCCCCCAUCCCCUGCCUGCUGACACAGCGCCCUGCCCGCCUGCACCAUCGGCACUUCGGCACCCGCCUAUAAAGGGUGAGGGGGAAAGCCAGCACCGGCACCGCCACCUUCGCCUCUGUGCCCUGCCCCGCCGACCAAGUAAGUACCAGGCUGUGAGCCCCCGAGCCCCCCCACUGCCCAGGCGCUGCCACGCUCCAUUCACCCCCACAUCCAGCCCCCCACCUAGCGCACAUGUCGGGAAGGGCAAGCCACGGGGUGCUGCGGGGCAGAGCAGGGGACCCUGUGCAGCCAGGAGGGGUUCUGGCACCCACUUUUACAAGAGCUGGGCUGCUCCACCCCAGGGCUGCAACCCACACCCACGUCUGAACUGGGUUCAUGCCACCCCCUGCACUGGGUACAGUGCCACCGCACCCGGAUCACCCCCAGGAGUCAUCACAGGGAGCUUGGGAGUGGAGAAACUGAGGCAGCUCUAGGUUCAUCACACGGAGAUAUGGGGCAUUGCAAGUGCACCCUGCAUCUUGGGGAUCACUUCACUGGACAGCACCAAGGGACGGGGAAUGGGAAGCAUCUCCUGUGCCACCCUGGGGGGUGAGGGGCCGGUGGCACAGAGCAUGUGUGGGCAGCACUGCCAGCACCCCAAGCUCGGUGGUAGGCAGAGGGGUGGCUGAUGGGGGCACCUGCCUGGAGUGAUGUGAGGGGCUUUGCCAGCAGCUGAGCGACCCGCAUGACCAGCAGUGAAGCCAUGGACACCUUGGGGCAGUACAAGAUCACGGUGUGGGAGGAGGAGAGCUUCCAGGGCAAGCGCUGUGAGUUCCUCAUGGAGUGCCCCAGCAUCAUGGAGCGCGGCUUCCGCAAGAUCCGCUCCAUCAAGGUGGAGUCUGGCCCCUGGGUGGGUUUCGAGUACCCUGAGUACCAGGGGCAGCAGUUUAUCCUGGAGAAGGGUGACUAUCCCCGGUGGGAGGCCUGGAGCGGGAACAGCGGCUACCGGACCGAGCACCUCCUCUCCUUCCGGCCUGUCAAGUGCGCAAACCACAAUGACAGCAAAGUCAUCCUCUACGAGGCUGAGAACUUCCAGGGGCACAAGUUUGAGCUGAACGAUGAUUACCCCUCGCUGCAGGCCAUGGGCUGGGGCAACAAGGAGGUGGCAUCCAUCAAAGUGAAUGCUGGAGCGUGGGUGGCAUACCAGUACCCAGGAUACAGGGGCUACCAGUACGUGCUGGAGCGGGACAGACAGAACGGCGAGUUCAAGAAGUACAACGAAUACAGCAGCCAGGCCCACACCAACCAGAUCCAAUCCAUCCGCCGUGUCCAGCACUGAGCAGGGGCAGGGUCGUGCGCCCCACAGCCUCCAGGCUGCUGUGCAAUAGACCUCUAUCCA